UGCAUGUGCUCCGGGCUGGCGAGGGCGGACUGCGAUACGACGUUCAAUGUUGUGUUCUAACACGUGAAAAUCAUGGCUAAUGCUCUCCAGUCUUAUGUUGAAAAAUAUCUUCUGAAUCCAGCGGCUUCGUUUAAUGUGGACGAUGAAGACCAAGUAAUAACCAAAGCACAGGUAGUAGAUUCAGUUGCAAAGGAAGAGAGUGCUGAUCAGAUUGGGCAAUCAAGAAGCAAGCUUAGAGCACAAAGUGCUGCUCUCUUAUCAGAAAGUGAUCCUCGAUAUAAAGGCAAGAAGGUUUCUCGCAAGGAUCUCAAGAAAGAUAAUGAAGUCACUUUUGAUCCAUCAUUGAGCAAAUUCUUUGUCAUAGAAGGUGAUGAAGAAGAGGAAGGUAGUGAUGAAAAUGAGGAUGAGGAAGAUGGAGAAGAUGAGGAGGAAGAUGGAGAAGAGGAGGAAGAGGAGGAAAGUGGAGACGAAGAUGAGAGUGAAGAAGAAAGUGUAACUGAAGUGAAUACAGGGUUGAAGAAAAUGGCUUUGAAACAAGCUGUCAAGAAAAACAAAGCAAGAGAUGAGGAAUUGGAUGAAAGCAUGUACAGUGAGGAAGAGGAUGAAUCCACAAGGAAGAUUCGCAAGAGGCUCCAGAAUGACUCAAGUGAAUUCACAUUUGAUAAGGAUGGGGACUUCAGCAAAUAUGGUGAAGAUUUUGAAGAUGAUGAUGAAGAUGAUGAUAAUGAUGAUGAUGAUGAAGACCUGAGUAUAGAUGAAGAAGAAGGUAUAGAUUCUGAGAGUGGUUAUGGAGGAUCUCUCAAGAAAUUCAGCAGUGAAGACCAGUCAGAAGAGGUCAGGAAAGGUCGAGCAGUGAAAAGUCAGUUAGAAAUAUAUGACUCAUUGUUUGAGAGUCGUAUCACUAUGCAGAAGAUGGUGAGUCAGACAAACCAGUUACCACAGUGUAACACCUUCAAGCUGUUUGUACGGGAGAAUGAUCCAAACUACACCAAGAAUCUUUCUACUGCAAAGUCUGCAACCAAGGUUUUGCUUAACACACUUCUGGAUAUACAGGAAUUAAUCUUAAAGAAGAAUCCAGAGACACAACACAUAAUAACUGGUAAACAGAAGAAGGAUAUGGGAACAGAGAGUGAUGAAGAAAUUACAAGUAGUGAAGAUGAAAAGAUGGAAGAAGAGGAGCAAAAGGAGAGCAGUAAAGGAACCAAACGGAAAUUGAAGAUGGAAGAGUAUGACGAGCUGUUGAGUAAAAGACAUGCUGCAUAUAUUCCCUUCCGGGAUGAAACUAUAAACAGGUGGUAUGAAAAAACUAAGUUGCUAUCCAGUCGCAAUGCUCAGAACUCUUUUAGCAGUUUUGAAGUAUCAGCCUUGCAGCAGAUGAAAAACAUUUUAGGCAACAAACAACAACUGAUUCAACGUACACAGCUGACUGGUGCAACUAGAGGAACAGCAUAUCACAUUCUAGGACAUAAGGAUAGCACUAAUACAGAGGUGGGAAAGGAAGAAUAUGACCCUGAGAUAUUUGACGACAGUGACUUUUACACAAGGUCACUGGAAGAGGUACUGAAAGCCAAGGUGGCCCUAUCAGAAGACAUGACAGAUGUGUCAAGGAAAUGGAUUGAAAUCCAAAACUUACGUAAGAAAGCCAAGAAGAAGGUAGACACCAAAGCCAGCAAGGGACGGAAAAUUAGGUUCGAUGUUAUGAGUAAACUUCAGCAGUAUUUAGCACCUUGUUACCCUCCACAAAUGGAUGAUGGCGCCACUAAUAUUCUUUUUGCUUCUCUGUUUGGCAAUGCUGUCAAGAAUGUGCCAAAGAGUAAAACAGAGCCUGUUACUGAAGAACAGAAGUGACAGGAAAGAGGAAUGCAAUAAUAUGUAUUUUAUAUAUGUAUACGUACAUAAAGGUUCAAUAAAUAGGUUUCUUUAUAA